UUAAGUUUAAGGCUUUGGGAGAGCGCUUUUUUGUAGAGCGCUUCUGCGAGGCUGUAGUGCAAGAAUGCGGAUGGUAGGGCUGCGCCCAGCGAAAACAGCUUCGUAUCGCUUGCUGUGAAGCACUGUAGCACGAUCAGCGCGCGCGCGGGCGUCGAGUAGGCUUGCUAGUGUCUUACGGGACGCUAGCGCGAGAGAGACGAGUAAUAGCGCGACGAAGGCAUACCUGCAAGACUGUAAGACACUAGCAGUAGCCGACGCGCGGCGCUAGCCUGCGCGUCAGCGGCCGUCGGUAGUCAGCGUCCUGGCUAAGCCGACGCGUCGCUUGCCAGCGCCUCGGGCCAGUACUCUUCGAGAGCACGCCGCGGCCUUCGAGAGCACGCCGCGGCCUUGGUAGACUUGGUUUUACUUUGGCAGUCCGUAUACGCCGCUGACAUAGCGACGCAAUAUCAACCAGCGCUGCGAGCUGUAAGAUACUCGCUGGGCUUUACGUAUACCCGGGUCCUCCACUGGCCUUGAGCACCGUGACAUACAAGCAGUAGCAAGGAGCGUCGACAUGUUGUGGCCGACGAUACACAAGGCCGCCUUCCGCGGUGACGAAGCCAGCAUGCGAGCCGAGCUCGACAAGGGCGUCUCGCCAGAUCUUGCAUACAGCGCAGAAUGGUCAAACUCAAACGGAUCGGGCGCGUUUACCAUGACGCCGCUCCACCGUCUCCUCGACGGCUGGGUCAACUACGGCAUAGCACCCCGGAAUGCUUUGUCUUGCUUGAACUUACUUCUGGCCGCCGGGGCGAAUCCGAACCUCGAACAAGUCGGGGGAGCUUGGAUAGAAUUCGGGGUCAACAACAUACCCAGGGGGUUCUUGAGGACUCCUCUUCAGCUCGCGAUUCUCAAAAUAUCCAGCGGGUCGGCUGAGUUGUUCGUGGCCCGGCUCCUCGAUGCCGGCGCCGACGUAAAUGCCCGAGGGUCCCAGAAUUUGACCGCGUUACACACGGCGGCACGAUAUGGCUCGGUUGAGUGCGCCGCCCUGCUCAUUGACGCAGGGGCCAAUACCAACGCGUUGUCCUUAAAUGGGUCUACGUAUACGCCGCUGGACAUAGCGUUGGCUCAGGCAGAUGUAUUGAUGUACAGGGCCCGGACAACCAUGCAUCUGCCGUUUAAGGAAUCUCUCGAAUUCGAGGCGAGGAGGUGCCAUCGCGUGGCCCUUGAUCUCCUUCGCGCCGACGCCAUGUGCGUCGUCUACGACUAUGACAACACAAGCGACCCGUACGUCCGCCGCGUGCUCGGAGCCGGCGGCUUUAGGAGAUACGAACGCGCGCACCUCGCGGCGCUCACCGCCACGUUCGAGCCGAAGUUCCCCGCGCUGACGACGGACGCCGUCCGCGUCGUCGUCGCAUUUUCGACGUAGAAACCCGCGAGCUCAGGAGGCCCGGCAAGGAGCUCUAUUGUACUUAGUACCUCUUGGGCCCGGGGCUCGAUCGCCAGUGAUUUAUCUUUAGCUUUGUC